AUGAGCUUCCCCUGCAUUGACAAGCUGGAAACCCGCCAACGCGAUCUCUCCAACGGACCCGAGCCGCUGUACGAAAAAGUCGUCACAGGAUACAAUCUUUUCCACCACGCGCAGCCGUUUGUCUGCGACCACGGCGGCGUUCUGAGCCAGAUCCAGCUGGCUUACGAGACCUGGGGCCGGCUGAACAAGGACCGGUCCAACGUCAUUCUGAUCCACACGGGGCUUUCCGGCAGCUCACACGCGCACAGCCACGAACGGAACACGCGCGCCGGAUGGUGGGAGGCAUUCAUUGGGCCAGGGAAGGCAAUUGACACGGACAAGUUCUUUGUUGUCUGCACGAACGUGCUCGGCGGAUGUUAUGGGUCGACGGGGCCUGGGUCAGUGGAUCCCCUGACCGGCCAGCGGUACGCGACAACGUUCCCGGUACUGACUGUCAACGACAUGGUGCGGGCGCAGUUCCUUCUGAUGGACCACCUGGGUGUCGACCGGCUGUACGCCAGCGUUGGCUCGAGCAUGGGCGGGAUGCAGUCCUUGUGCGCGGCGGCGCUGUUUCCGCAGCGCGUCGGCCGCCUGGUCAGCAUCUCGGCGUGCGCUCGGUCGCACCCGUACUCGAUCGCACUGCGCUUUGCACAGAGGCAGGCGCUGAUGAGCGACCCGAACUUCAACCGCGGGUUCUACUACGAUGGCGUCAUGCCGCAUGUCGGGAUGAAGCUGGCGCGGGCGAUUGCCACGGUGACGUAUCGGUCUGGCCCCGAGUGGGAGCUGCGGUUCGGGCGGCGGCGGCGCGCGGCAGACCAGCCGCCGAUGUUUUGCGCCGACUUCUUGAUCGAAACCUACCUGGACCACCAGAGCGAGGGCUUCUGCCUGCAGUACGAUGCGAACUCGCUGCUGUAUGUGUCCAAAGCCAUGGACAUGUUUGAUAUCAGCCGCUCGGUGACCGAGCGACUGCGCGCGCAGAGGGAGGAGGCUGAGCAGGGCCUGGCGGCGAAGGGCAGUGGCGGCGGGCGCACGGUGUGUGGCGCAGGGUCGGUUUGCCUGAGUGAGGCUGAGAGCCCCGAGAGCCACGUGGGCCAUUCCAGUGUCGAGACCGGCGAUGAGAUCAUGGCCGACUUGGUUGCUGGAGUCAAGAACGUCAUGCAACCGACACUUGUGCUCGGCGUGCAGUCCGACAUCCUGUUCCCGGUCAAGCAGCAGAAGGAGAUUGCGGACAUCCUGCGGCGCGCCGGAAACACGAACGUCACAUACUAUGAGUUGGACGCCAUGUACGGCCAUGACACGUUCCUCAUUGACAAGGUCAACGUCGGCGCGGCGAUCAAGGGGCAUUUGGAGAAUGUUUAA